CCGAAUACUCUCUUGAUCAGAUUUGACAAAGUGAGUACUAAGAGACACCAGAAUGAAAUCAAUAAUAUUAGUCACGUUGUUGAUUGUUAUGCAGAGUCUUGCUAAUGAAAGGCAAUGGCAGCAGUUUAAAGAAAUAUACAAGAAAAAUUACGAUAUCACAAAUGAAAAAUACCGAUUUAACAUAUUCAUUAAUAAUCUGAAAAGAAUUGAGAAACAUAAAAAUCGCUACCAGAAUGGUGAAGUAGAAUAUUACAUAGGCGUCAAUCAAUUCGCUGAUCUUACUUCAGAAGAGUUUAUUUCCAGAGUUACGAGCCCAAUUUCAGAUUCGUUUCCUGCAAAUAUAAAUAAUGUUGUAGAGGUCACAGAUGACGUUCCAGAUGAAAUAGAUUGGCGCGAAAAAGGAGCAGUACUAGGAGUUAAAAACCAACUGGCAGGUUGCAAAGCGAGCUGGGCUUUUACUGCGACUGGGGUUAUUGAAGGGCAAUUAGCCAUUCAGAAGAAACAAAACAUUUCUCUAAGUGAGCAGCACCUAAUAGACUGUUCUACCGAAUACCAUUAUAACCGUGGAUGUAGAGACGGAAAUUCAGAUUAUGCUCUCUUGUUUAUUCAUGACCAUGGAAUAUGUUCUGAGGGUGACUAUCCAUAUACCGCUAAGGAAGGUCCGUGCCAAAACUGUUCUCUAGUACUGGAAUCAGUAGCAUACCCUACACGUGUGCUGGUAAACGAAAUUUCACUGAAGCAGAUUGUAGGAACCGUAGGUCCAGUUGCUGUUGCUCUUUCUGUCAACGAAAAUUGGCAAUUAUACAAAGGUGGUAUUUUUGACGAUUCCACUUGUACCGGAUACUCUAUCAACUACUGGGCUUUGGCUGUCGGUUACAGUGCUGAAAAUGGAACGGAUUAUUGGAUAGUCCGAAACUCACUAGGCGAAUCUUGGGGAGAAGAUGGAUAUAUCAGAAUGAUUCGUGGAAAACAAGUUUGUAAUAUUAAUCAACAGCCAUGGUAUGCAUUAUUGUAAAAAUUAAUAUUAAAUCAUUCAUAUCGUU